GCGUUUCAUUUUUUUUUAACAGUUCCUCGUUAUCCUCCCCCCCUCCUUUGCUCUGAUCACUACUGCCUCUACCUGUGGUUCGGACCUCUCCGCUGCAGCAAUCCACCGACAAGAAGACGACAUUUAACCAUGUCCACCAAGGUUGCCAUUGUAACAGGUAGUAAUAAAGGGAUCGGUCUUGCUAUUGUCAGAGCACUGUGCAAGCAGUUUCAAGGAGAUGUCUUCGUCACUGCAAGGGACAGUGGUCGUGGCCAGGCGGCGGUAGAAUCUCUAGUCUCAGAGGGACUCAAUCCCAUGUUUCAGCAGCUGGACAUUAAUGACCUGAACAGCAUCACUGCCGCAGCAAAUUUCUUCAAACAGAAAUAUGGAGGCGUGGACGUUCUCAUCAACAAUGCUGGGAUAGCAUUUAAAGUUGCAGACACUGCUCCGUUUGCCGUCCAGGCUGAGGUGACCCUGAAGACAAACUUCUUUGCCACAAGAGAUAUGCUGACUCACUUCCUACCUAUAAUCAAACCUGGAGGUCGUGUGGUGAACGUCUCUAGCAGCGUAGGUUCCCGGGCUCUGAAUCUCUGUAGCCCUGCCCUGCAGGAACGUUUCCGUAGUAAGGACUUAACAGAGGAAGAACUGUUGGGACUAAUGCAGCGAUUUGUCCAGGAGACCAAGGAUGGCAAGCACAAGGAGGGGGGCUGGCCUGAAACAGCAUAUGGAGUAUCAAAGACUGGACUAACAGUGCUGUCAAUGAUCCUGGCUCGGCGGCUAUCUAAGGAGAGACCAAAUGACCAGAUAUUACUGAAUGCCUGUUGUCCAGGCUGGGUGCGAACAGAUAUGGCUGGUCCUAAAGCUACUAAGUCACCAGAUGAGGGCGCUGUAACUCCAGUCUACCUAGCCCUGUUGCCCCAAGGAGCCACUGAGCCUCAUGGGCGGUUCGUCUCUGAGAAACAAGUACAGCCAUGGUGAUGGGUCAUAGGGAUCUGUGUGUGUCUUGUGUGCACACAUGGACAUGCUCGUCUGAAUCUCUUGAUUAACACUUGUGGGCUUAAAAGAAUCAUCACAGAAAAAAUAUACAUUGCUUUUCUAAAAUAAAAUAACCACCCUUUUGGGGAGGGGGGGUGUUGCCAAGUAUGAAAAUGAGACAUUUAUGAAAUGCAAAGAAACACAUUAAGAAAUAUAACAGAACCUUUUCUUAGAAUUUGUGAUUUUAUUGUAAUAGAAUACAAUGCUGAGACUAACUGUAAUGAAAAUGGAAUCAAAACCAUUUUUGUGUUUUUGUUUUUUGUGUGUAAACCACAGUAAUUAUUUUUGGUUCAUCUUAGUAAUCAGUGAUUUGGUUGAAGUUGUAUUUCUGCAUUUCCAUUUGACUUUAGAAUAAUUUUGAUUGAAAAAUAGGUCUUGAAAGAUGGAUCUCUCAGUGAGUCUAAGGGUAUGUUUGCAUUGCAGGUCUUGAUGCCCAGUUUCGAUUAUUUGCCUUUACCCAAUAUUUUGAUAUAUGAUAUAUCUUCUUCUUCUUUCGGCUUGUUCCCUGUUUCCCUGGGGUCGCCACAGUGAAUUUAGUAGUUUCCAUCGGUACCCUGUGAGGGCACAGCACCGAUGGCAGUCGUUGUUACCCCGGGCCUUGACCAAUCCGGUAAGGUCUUGAGAAUCCGCAUAACUAUUUGCUAAAAUUUUACAUUGAAUGCCCUUCCUGACACAACCACUAACCCUAUGGAUGGGGGCACAGGUAAAGCGCUGGAUGCCACCCCAGUAUUCAUGGACUUGUGCCUAUUCCUGUCGCCAUUUUGAUAUAUGAUAUAUAAAUAUAUAAAAUGCGAGUGUUGCACUUUGAAUGAUGUACGAUUCGCAAAGUCUUAAUCAAAUUGAUCUGUGUGAUUACUUUUGAGUUGCAUUGGCAGAUAUCAGAUUCCUAUGAAUCUGAUGUAUUUCCAAAAUAAAGAUUUCAAAAUAAGAUC